CAGGGAGAGAGCUAGAGAAGGGAGAGAGCAAGAGAAAGAGAAGGGAGAGAGAAAGAGUAGGGAGAGAGCGAGAGCGAGUGAGACGCUGACACUGAGAGAGACGCACCCUGUAAAAGAGGCAGAGUCAACAGCUACAGCAACAGAGCUCCCUUUCUCUCUCACACACAGACAGAGAACCAGACCCAUUCCAGGGGAGACGGUGAGCACACACCCCCACUGAGGAGCACCGUCUCUUGGGAGGAGAUCCCACACCCCGCCCCUCCUCCGUCUGUGUGUUUUUGCAAAAAAACUGGAAGAGAGACAUAGAAGAGAGUGAAGGAAGGAGGGAUGAGUGGCUUGUUUGGCACAGCUGCUGAUGCUAGAGGCUGAGAACGAGGGACGCUGACGAAGAGAGAGAGAGAAAAAGGGAUCUGAAGACCAGAGGUUUGGAGGAGAGGAAGACUGGCACGUGUAGAGCUUCUCAAACAUAUGGACAGAGACAAGAGAGGGACACAGUGUCGGGGAACACACACACACACACAUCACACGCACAAACAUCACACACACAUCACGCACACACACAGGCACCGAUGAGGAGGGAACAGGGACCACGCUUCAGUCCUGGGUGUGUGGUAAACUGACCCGGCCUGUGAUAGGCUAGGAGUCAGCACUGACCCAGCCUGUGAUAGGCUAGGAGUCAGAUCAGGACCACCAGGGCCAUGACUGGCUCCCCGGGCAUCAGUGGGCAGUCCCUGUCACCAUGGCGGUGGCUGAGUCGCUGGGGGCCGGUCCUGCUGCUGGUUACCAUGACAACCCUACUGCCAGGUUGUUGCCAGGCAUGCCCUCCACGGUGUGAGUGCUCGGCCCAAAUCCGGUCCGUCUUGUGCCAGCGGCGGCGGCUCACCGGCAUCCCAGAGGGCAUCCCCACGGAAACUCGCCUCCUGGACCUCAGCCGGAACCGUCUCCGCUGGGUGGAGAUGGGUGACCUGGCGCCGUAUCCGCACCUUGAAGAAGUGGACCUGAGUGAGAACCUCAUUGCCACACUGGAGCCCAACGCGUUCGCCAACCUGCAGAGCCUCCGGGUGUUACGGCUGAGGGCGAACCAGUUGAAACUUGUACCCAUGGGGGCCUUCGCCAAGCUGGUCAACCUGACCACGCUGGACCUGAGUGAGAACAAGCUGGUGAUUCUGUUGGACUACACCUUCCAAGACCUGAGGAGUCUAAGACACCUGGAGGUGGGAGACAAUGACCUGGUCUACAUCUCUCAUGAGGCCUUCUCUGGCCUGCUAGGGGUGGAGGAUCUGACCAUUGAACGCUGCAACCUGACUUCCAUCUCUGGCCAGACGCUGUCUUCCCUACGCAGCCUGGUCACUUUGCGACUACGCCAGCUCAGCAUCCCCGCCCUGGAGGACCAUAACUUCCGUAAACUGGCCAACCUCCGGGGGCUGGAGAUCGACAACUGGCCUUACCUGGAAUACAUCUCCCCCCUGAGCUUCCAGGGUCUGGACCUGUACUGGCUGUCCAUCACCAACAGCAACAUCACCUCUGUCCCCUCGUCCUCCUUCAGAAACCUGAUCCACCUCACCCAUCUCAACCUGUCCUACAACCCCAUCACCACCCUGGAGCCUUGGGCCUUCAGGGACCUGCUGAGGCUCAAAGAGCUGAUCAUGGUGAACACGGGCCUGGCUACGGUGGAGCCCCACUCCCUGGGAGGCCUCAGACAGAUCCGGGUCCUCAACUUCUCCUCCAAUGACCUCCAGACUCUGGAGGAGGGAUCGUUCCACUCUGUCAACAGCCUGGAGACGCUGCGGGUGGAUGGGAACCCACUGCUGUGUGACUGCCGUUUGUUGUGGAUCCUGCAGAGACGCAAGACCCUCAACUUUGACGGCAGGGUGCCUGUGUGCGCUGGGCCGGUGGAGGUGCAGGGGAACAGCCUCAGCACCUUCACCGACUCAGCGCUCUUUGAUCACUUCACCUGCCAGAAGCCCAAGAUACGCAACCGCAAGCUUCAACAGGUGACAGCUCGUGAGGGCCAGCCAGUGAGUUUCCUCUGCAGUGCCGUGGGAGAGCCCGCCCCCAACAUCAUGUGGAUCUCCCCUCAGCGCCGACUAAUCACAGCCAAGAGCAAUGGUCGCAUCACCGUCCUCCCAGGAGGGACGUUGGAGAUCCGCUAUGCUCAGGUCACCGACAGCGGCACCUACAUGUGCAUCGCCAGCAAUGCCGGGGGCAAUGACACUUACUUUGCGAUGCUCACGGUUCGGGGCGCGCCGCUGGAUGCCUCGUCAGCCUUCUUCGCCAACCGCUCGAUGUACGGCGGCGAGUUCUUCAACGACACAAACCUGAAUAGCACUCGCGUCUUCCUCAAGUUCACCCUGGACCUGACCACCAUACUGGUCUCCACAGCGAUGGGCUGCAUCACCUUCCUGGGCGUGGUGCUUUUCUGUUUCCUGUUGUUGUUUGCAUGGAGCCGGGGGCGGGGCCAGCGUAAGAACAACUUCACCGUCGAGACCCCUUUCCGGAAGGCCGAGGGACCGGCGGCGGUGGGUGGCGCUGGAGGUGCCCGGAAAUUCAACAUGAAGAUGAUAUGAUACCAUGCAGCCAGGGGUCACUCGGGGGCAUAAGCACAUCCUGGAAACAUGUUUAACAAGAGACACACAGCGCUGAAUCGCAGAGUAAAGAAAUAAAUAAAAAAUAAAAUUAAUACAGUAUUCACACAUGGCUGGUAUUCACCAGGACCAGAUUCGGGUUUGAGUGGAAAAAUAUGAUGACCUUUGACCUCACGGCCUCCUACUGGUUUUACUCAGCUCGUGGUACAACGUUCUGUUUAUAUUUUCGAACAAAUAUAACAUUGUCAUUAACCAGGUUUCCAUCCAACCCGUUUAUACGAGUAAAGUACAUGUCGGAUAAAAUACGUCAUGCCAGGCCUGAUGGAAACAUUUGUUGGUUUCAAACUUUCCAAAUGUCGACAAAAACAAAUACGCUAGACGAGGUGGGAUCUUUUGUGUCUGAGUCACACGAUGACAUGGUGUGUGGUCCUCCCAGUACUACUCGUCAGGAAAGAACGCAGUUUAUUAGGCUACAGAUUAAAUCAAUUAUAAAUGAUGAUGAACUUCACAGGGUGGUAAAAGUACAAGGUGAUGAGCUUGAUGCUCCUUUCCAUUAAAUGUUGAGGGUCUUAUUCUGGUCACAUGAUGAUCGAUGCUUGGCUGCUGUUUGACAAAUAAAAAUUAUCUCACUCUUUCAUCCAUAAUAAUCUCAUCAUGUAGGCUAUACCCACAUUGUAUCUGCGAGCUGUUGGCUAGACAGCAAGAACCAAUAGACGCUAUAUAACGCAAAUUUUUCGGGAUGAGAAAACCAUCAUUCGAGUUAAAAAUGCGAUGGAAAACAUGGGAAUUUAACUGCAAACGUUGUUUUUGUGUGCCUACUUCAUCACGCACAGCUUUUUAUCCUCAACAAGUACAUUUGAUGGAAACACAUCUCUGGUGAGAAAAUGCACAUAUUGUUUUUAUGCAGAUCUUAGAAUAUUUGCUUGAAAAUCUGUCGCCAAUUGGUUGUAAACCUAGUUACUGAGCUUGAUAAGGGGAGUUCAACUAGAUCACUAAAGUAUAACAUUACCAUUUAGCUUGAUAAGGGGAGUUCAACUAGAUCACUAAAGUAUAACAUUACCAUUUAGCUUGAUAAGGGGAGUUCAACUAGAUCACUAAAGUAUAACAUUACCAUUUAGCUUGAUAAGGGGAGUUCAACUAGAUCACUAAAGUAUAACAUUACCAUUUAGCUUGAUAAGGGGAGUUCAACUAGAUCACUAAAGUAUAACAUUACCAUUUAGCUUGAUAAGGGGAGUUCAACUAGAUCACUAAAGGGGUAUUUUGGAGAAAAAAAUAUAACAUUACCAUUCAGCUUGAUAAGAAUUAUAGAAGUUAAGAAUUUAGUGUGAUCUCUUAUUGGGUGAUUACUGUGCUGUGGAAUGAUCAUAGUUAUGCCUCUCUCACAGAAAGUGAAAAGGACUUCCUGGAAGCUAUGCACUUGUAGUGGUCAUUGCACACAGGGCAUAGUUCUGACUAGGGGGAGUACAGCCAUGAUGGUUAGUUAUGGUUAGAUAAAGUUAGUCUAAGUUAUGGUUAGAUAAAACGCUCUCCUAAUCUGCUAUAAAAAGUCAUUUCUGGUUGUAUCUGUAGUCCCUUUCAUCAUAGCCCAUGGAGAGACACGGCUAUCAACUAAUCACAGAAUUUCUUGUCUUGCUUUCUUAAAUUCUGCCUGUCUGAGAAAUAUUGCAAUAGCAUGUAAGUAUUGCAAUUUAGAGUAUGUUGUAUAGUAAUAAGAUUACAAUAUUGAAUAAAAACAAGCCAUUUUUGUAAGACAUUUGGGAUAUGAUUUCAAUUGUCACAUUUAUAAGACACCAUCAAGGCCCCUCCAGAUAAACAAAUGAAACCUAUUUCAAUCAUUUGACCUAAUAACAUUUAUGGGGGAAAGAAAUAUCAGAAGACACUUUGGCCGAUCUGUUUUUGAAUACCACAUCAUAUACACAUCAAAAUAAAUGAUAUUCUUAACAUAUUAAUUGGGCCCACUUCACUUUCAGAAGUGACUGUUUACGACGAGGUUGGCUGUGUGAGUUGGACCAAGCGCACUGGUCGACGGUUGCCAUGACGGCCUGACGCCCCAAGGGUUUGUUUGGAAAGCCAAGCCCAGCGAACAUGAGGCCACAUGGUAACCAUGACAACCAACACAGCCCAGGGCAGGGGGGAGAUGUGGGGACUGUGGGACGAGUGGAGAGGGAGUAUGUCCAUGCCUCCUCUUUCCAACCUUCCAAUAAUAGUACUAACCUACCACUGCCAGUAGGGAGGGAUGUGGGAAGAGAAAGGUGGAUGGGAGGAGCCUAAGCCUCACCUCUCUAACCUCCCUCUUACACUGCUCUCUCCUACUGCCAUGGGCUGUGCUGGGAAAAUAACUGACCUCCACAGAGCUGCCAGGGGGAGCAGCCUGGAAGUCAGAACACACUCAGAGUCAUAUACUGUACUGUACAUAACAGACUCACCUUCACAAAGGUUCUCACUGAGAGUCAUAUACUGUACUGUACAGAACAGACUCACCUUCACAAAGGUUCUCACUGAGAGUCAUAUACUGUACUGUACAGAACAGACUCACCUUCACAAAGGUUCUCACUGAGAGUCAUAUACUGUACUGUACAGAACAGACUCACCUUCACAAAGGUUCUCACUGAGAGUCAUAUACUGUACUGUACAGAACAGACUCACCUUCACAAAGGUUCUCACUGAGAGUCAUAUACUGUACUGUACAUAACAGACUCACCUUCACAAAGGUUCUCACUGAGAGUCAUAUACUGUACUGUACAGAACAGACUCACCUUCACAAAGGUUCUCACUGAGAGUCAUAUACUGUACUGUACAUAACAGACUCACCUUCACAAAGGUUCUCACUGAGAGUCAUAUACUGUACUGUACAUAACAGACUCACCUUCACAAAGGUUCUCACUGAGAGUCAUAUACUGUACUGUACAGAACAGACUCACCUUCACAAAGGUUCUCACUGAGAGUCAUAUACUGUACUGUACAGAACAGACUCACCUUCACAAAGGUUCUCACUGAGAGUCAUAUACUGUACUUUACAGAACAGACUCACCUUCACAAAGGUUCUCACUGAGAGUCAUAUACUGUACUGUACAUAACAGACUCACCUUCACAAAGGUUCUCACUGAGAGUCAUAUACUGUACUGUACGAACAGACUCACCUUCACAAAGGUUCUCACUGAGAGUCAUAUACUGUACUGUACAGAACAGACUCACCUUCACAAAGGUUCUCACUGAGAGUCAUAUACUGUACUGUAGAGAACAGACUCACCUUCACAAAGGCUCUCACUGAGAGUCAUAUACUGUACUGUACAGAACAGACUCACCUUCACAAAGGUUCUCACUGAGAGUCAUAUACUGUACUGUACAGAACAGACUCACCUUCACAAAGGUUCUCACUGAGAGUCAUAUACUGUACUGUACAGAACAGACUCACCUUCACAAAGGUUCUCACUGAGAGUCAUAUACUGUACUGUACAGAACAGACUCACCUUCACAAAGGUUCUCACUGAGAGUCAUAUACUGUACUGUACAGAACAGACUCACCUUCACAAAGGUUCUCACUGAGAGUCAUAUAAUGUACUGUACAGAACAGACUCACCUUCACAAAGGUUCUCACUGAGAGUCAUAUACUGUACUGUACAGAACAGACUCACCUUCACAAAGGUUCUCACUGAGAGUCAUAUACUGUACUGUACAGAACAGACUCACCUUCACAAAUGUUCUCACUGAGAGUCAUAUACUGAACUGUACAGAACAGACUCACCUUCACAAAGGUUAUCACUGAGAGUCAUAUACUGUACUGUACAGAACAGACUCGCCUUCACAAAGGUUCUCACUGAGAUUCAUAUACUGUACUGUACAGAACAGACUCAUUUACACAUGCAUUGGACCUUUUUUCAGGUGAACACAAAGUCAUAUACAGGCGAAACGCACACACACACACAGACACCUAUACUACAGAUCUAUUAUAACUAGAACUGCACAUCACACUAUUACCACUCACAACACUACAGAUCUAUAAUAACUAGAACUGCACAUCACACUAUUACCACUCACAACACUACAGAUCUAUAAUAACUAGAACAGCACAUCAAACUAUAACCACUCACAACACUACAGAUCUAUAAUAACUAGAACUGCACAUCACACUAUUACCACUCACAACACUACAGAUCUAUAAUAACUAGAACAGCACAUCAAACUAUAACCACUCACAACACUACAGAUCUAUAAUAACUAGAACUGCACAUCACACUAUUACCACUCACAACACUUCAGAACUAUAAUAACUAGAACUGCAUCCACAAACAACCACUCUUCUCUUUCUCUGAGACGGCCAGUGCGCAAAUGUCUGUGCCCCCCCCAGCCCAGUGCAUCCCCCGUCCCCACUUGGUCCUCCAAUGAGAGGGAUCCUUGGCUGGAGACCGAUAACAAAAAAUGUAAAUUAAGUCAUGUGAACCCUGCCCACGACAUGUGCAUCGUAUAGAGGAGAGUACGGUGGUAUUUAUUAUGACAUGCUCUGUUCUCAUUCCUUUAGUAGCCUCCUUUUUGCCAUACCUCAGUUGAUGCUCUCCGUAAACCAUUUACCAUUAACCGUUUGGACUCUGUGGCAUCCAACAGUGAGAUUAGUCCUGUUCUGAAUACCUAGAGGAGCUUCCAUUCAUUCCACAGGUGUGUGUCAGUGCGUGUGUGCGUGUGUGUUUGUGUGUGUGUGUGUGUGUGUGUGUGUGUGUGUGUGUGUGUGUGUGUGUGUGUGUGUGUGUGUGUGUGUGUGUGUGUGUGUGUGUGUGUGUGUGUGUGUGUGAGGGUUAACUAUUUGCCAUGAUGUAAAUGUUUAGGAAAUUAGAAGGAGCUUUGUGUAGGACACAAGUUCACAUUGCUUUCAAAUCAGAUGAAUUCUGAAGGCUCUGAAGUCAUCCUCCAGUACAUCUGUAGAACAAGCCGACUGUGUGAUGAUAAAUAGUUCUGUAUUUAUUAAAGUUUAAUGAGGCUGAAUGGAAAUAGAUUAGGAAAUUGGCCUGGUUUUCUCUCUGCCAGAAGAGACGUGUGAGAAUUCAUCUUUGCUCCCAUUGCUCCGGUCUUGAGAACAAAAGUAAUAACUCACUGGAUGUUUCCCAUUCCAUUCUCGUACUUUUCCAAUAUUCCCAUUUUUGGGAACGUCUGUUGUGGUUGUUGAUGGUGUGAUGGUGUAAAUGUCAAUCACAGAUGUAGGGAUUAGAUAGAGGUAUUUCAUUUAGUUAUCAUUCCCUCCUUCUUCUUCAUCAGUUCUUUCCCAGACCUCGUUGUCCCCAUUCACAGUAACUAGGCUGCAGUGUGGUUGUGUGGUAGUUGACACCUGUUCUAUGUGGUCGGUGAUUCGAUGUUGUCGUGUUUUGAGUUGUUGCUCUGAGUAAUAAUAUCAACCAUGGUGCAGGGACUUGUGCAACUGAAAUAAUGGUAAGGGGUGACCCAGGUUCUCUGAAACUUUGGUUCCUCUCUGGGAACCCUCCUACCCCAGCUUCUAGAUUAGAACCUUCCAUUCUAACUGCGCACUGCAUUCUGGGAUAUAUAUCUGGGUAACAGAAACCUUUAGACUGUUUGUAACGUCACUACCAAAAUUCUGUCUGAGUCACUAACCCACAAGUGUAAAGAUGGGAAAUACUGUUCAAACACUCCAGAAAUCUGGUCUGAACUGAAAACAUUCUGUACUGAUCCUAGACCAAAGCACAUCUCUAGCUAGCAUCCUGUUAAUUGAGUAUUGUUGAGGGGGAAUUGUAUUUUUCUCGCCCCUGGGAGGUAUUGCUAUGCUGUCCAUGCUUGAAGAUAAGCAUUUGCAUACAUAUGAAAUCCAUUCGACCUUCAGGGGUCCUUGACUGUACGAGGAAGUAGAGUUGUAGUGUACUUCAUUUGGUACACUUCAAAUAGAGAGCCCUUUGAACUUAUCUCAACCUGCUCUAUCUCCAUCCCUCUACCUCUCCACCUGAACUAGAGCACUCGUUUCCUAGGUUACCACUUGAUUUAACCCUUUGCAGAGCGUGCUGCACAUUCUAAUUAUUUCUAAUGGAUGACGUUCAAAUGAAGGACUGCCCAUUAGUUUCUCUAUUCAACUGACUAGAGCACUGAGAAUUCAUUGUUCUAGACGGGCGGUCCUCGUUGCUUUUAUGUAUCUGGGGGAGACUAGAAUGGGAGACAUCAGAGUGACUGAGCGAGUGUCUCGUCUCGAGAAAGUCUUGAGAAACUAGGCUGAGCGCUCCCCUGCCUCCCUCCCCCAGUUUGUCCUUGCCCUGCAGAGUGUGUGCAUGCGUGCGUGUGUGUGUGUGUGUGCAUGAGAGACAGAGAGGCGAGACGUCCCAUUUUCAGCAGCCCCUGUUGUAGGGUAUACCCCCAAUAGGAAACCCCUCUAAGCUUGGCCCAGAGAAUACACGGAUGAUAAUAAAACUAAAACCAGACUCAGAUAAAAGGGGGAUCAUUAGCAGCUACAACAUUUGAAUAAUUUAAUAUUUUUGAAGUGCGUGUCUCUAUUUUACACCAAGGUUAGGGAAAGCAGCGGGUUUCUGCCCUUGAUUUCGGUGGCAUUAAUUUCCCCCCAGCCCAUUAUUAAAACAUCAAAGAAAUUAGAUUUGUAGUGUGUCCUUAUUUGGGCCAACAUAAAGUAGGAUAGGAGUGUAUUUUAACCACUCACCUCACACAAUUUUAAUGUUACCAUUGCCCUUAGCUUCAAUCAACCUGUCGACUGCAUUUUCAAAGGAUUUGUUAGACUCCUGUCAUUCCAGAUAUCAUUGAACAAAUUGGGCUCGAUGAGGAUGACAUAUGAUAGAGUGAAACAGAUAGAAGGAGGGAAGCACAACUGGUUGGUUGAGCAUUUGGGCUUCACAUGUUAAUUCCUCCGACCCUUUUCUUUGCAUUAUAGUGAGCCAUGUUCUCCAGAGACUCAUUUAUUUGUUAUGGUCUCUAUUUCCUUGGGUCACCUUACCAGGACACAGGGUUCAAACUAUCUACUCCCUUAAGAAAUAAAGACCCACUAUUUUUAAGGAACCCACAAUAGUCUGUGUGUAAUCGGAACUCUGAUAUUUAACCCUGAAGGUUACAGCAACUGAGAUUCCUUCUGUAUUGAAAAGCGCUGUAUAAAAUGUAUCUAUUAUUACUAUGAUCAUUAUUUCCAUCAAUAAAGGCUGGCGGGUCUUGACCAGAACACUGCUGUGGACAGUAACCCCACUUUCAGUAUGGUCAUACUGACCCCUGGUGGUGAAAUGGGGCAUAGCCGAUUACAUGUGUUGACCACGUUCACAAACUACCGUUAUUGAUGGGAGCAUUUCUGCCUGCACUGGAUCUCAGAUGAUUACCCAUGACCAAACACUAUCAUGGAAAACCAAUUGACUGUUAGCUUGGCAAGUCAGUAUUUUACUGGUUUGAUGUCUGACUGAUAAAACAUUCACCCAAUUUAGCGUUGGGUAUUUGCCAUCAUAGCUGUGAUUCUAAGCCUGUAGACCUGAGAGAGAUGUAUAGAUGAAACACAGAUGCUGCAUUGGCUCCAUUGACUGUAGCUCAGACUGUCUGUUAGUGUUUAAAAAGUUAAACACUUUUCUGACCCCCUCGGGUUCCAAUAGUAACGAUAGAAAACAUGAAUAACCAUUUCUAUAUAUAUAACACUGUAUUACGCUUUCUGUAAGACUGAUGAUUCCUCUGAAGAGAUGGAUCAUUUAUUUUUCAAGCAAAACUAUUAUUUAUUUUUUUGUGAGUUUAGCAGGUUUGAUCUAUGCAUGCCUUUAAUAUACCUGGUCUUGCCAACCACUGAAUUGCAUCUAUAGGGAGAGAAAUGUGUGCCAUAGAUGCUAGCCAUAGGACUGGAUGUAACCAACUGCCAUAAAAAAAACAGACUCCUGUCCUCAGCAGCCAAUACUCCCCUGUAGCUGAAUAUGGAGAGACUUUUUCUUCUAAUGAUUUCGAUCUCAUAGUACAUCUGAGCAUGUGUAUCUGUGUAUCUUGAAAGGUUUCCUAUUUUGUAAAUCAAGGACU